AAUGUUGAAAAGAUAUAAAAUUAUAAUUUUUAAUUCUAAAAUCUCAGUCUUUUUAAAUAUUGUUCCUUUUUUAAGAUCAUCAGAGAGAGAGAGAGAGAAGAGAAAAGGAAAAACAAAGGAUCUUCCAUGGGCGAUCGCUGAGAAGAUCCCCACGAACAAACUCAUAAAACUCCUUUCAAUCACGAAUCUUCUUCGAUAUUUGAUCUGGUUUUUUAUUUCUCGUGAAAGUUUGAAAUGGUGCUGGUAUUGGCAUUGGGGGAUCUUCAUGUACCCCAUAGAGCUGCUGAUCUACCUCCUAAGUUCAAAUCAAUGCUUGUUCCUGGGAAGAUUCAACACAUCAUCUGCACUGGAAAUCUCUGCAUCAAAGAAAUCCAUGACUACUUGAAGACUAUCUGCCCUGAUUUGCAUAUAGUUCGAGGGGAGUUUGACGAAGAUGCGCGAUACCCUGAGAACAAAACCUUGACUAUCGGGCAAUUCAAGCUGGGACUGUGUCACGGCCACCAGGUGAUCCCAUGGGGUGAUCUAGACUCACUCGCCAUGCUUCAGAGACAACUCGGCGUGGACAUUCUUGUAACAGGCCAUACCCACCAAUUCACAGCCUACAAACAUGAGGGAGGCGUGGUGAUAAACCCGGGCUCUGCAACCGGAGCUUAUAGCAGCAUAAACCAAGAUGUUAACCCAAGCUUUGUUCUUAUGGACAUCGAUGGUUUCCGAGCUGUGGUCUACGUCUAUGAGCUAAUCGAUGGAGAAGUUAAAGUCGACAAGAUCGAGUUCAAGAAGCCCCCUACUACCAACUCUGCUCCUUAGUUCAUUAAAAAAACCUUAAACCGUCUUAUGUUUUCGUCUGAAAUCAUCUAAACAUUUAGAACUUUCUUGUGGAAAAUAAUCUUUUAACAUUUUGCAAAUUGAAGAAUAAACAACUUUUAACAAA